AUGGCAUCUGUGAGAUCUUUCCCCUCCAUCAAGGAGAUCCGGACGUUUGUCAUUGGCGGCGUCGGCUCAGGCGGGGAUUACCAUAACGUCAAGGGCGGCCACUGGCUCAUUGACAGCCCCAUCUCCACUCCAUGUUCGCGUUGGGAGCAGUACCGCAACUCGAGAACGAGCUGGGGUAUCAACGUUCUCGGCUCUUUCCUUGUUGAGAUUGAAGCGACCGACGGCACUGUCGGCCUAGCCACUGGCCCUCCCGCUUGCUGGCUCGUCCACCAACACUUCGAGCGUUUUCUCCUAGGCGCCGACCCACGCAACACGAACCUGUUGUUCGAGCAGAUGUACAGAGGCUCCAUGUUCUACGGCCGAAAGGGUCUCCCUCUUGCCGUUAUCUCCGUCAUCGAUCUAGCCAUCUGGGACUUGCUCGGCAAGCUGAGGAAUGAGCCCGUAUAUAAGCUGAUUGGGGGUGCCACCAAGGAGCGUCUCGACUUUUACUGCACCGGCCCCGAGCCUAUGGCGGCCAAGGAAAUGGGCUUUUGGGGCGGCAAGGUCCCUCUCCCAUACUGCCCUGAGGAAGGCCAUGUCGGUCUCAAGAAGAACGUCGAGUUCCUGCGAAAGCAUCGCGAGAGCGUCGGUCCCGACUUCCCCAUCAUGGUCGACUGCUACAUGAGUCUCAACGUUCCAUACACCAUUGAGAUUGUCAAGGCCUGCGAAGACUUGAACAUCAACUGGUGGGAGGAGUGUCUGUCGCCCGACGACACGGAUGGUUUUGAGCAGAUCAAACGUGCACACCCAACGAUCAAAUUCACAACGGGAGAGCAUGAGUACUCCCGUUUUGGGUUCCGCAAGCUCAUCGAGGGCCGCAAUCUGGACAUUAUCCAGCCGGACGUCAUGUGGCUCGGCGGUCUCACGGAGCUGCUCAGGGUGUCGGCGAUGGCUUCUGCAUACGACAUCCCCGUCGUCCCGCACGCCAGUGGCCCCUACAGUUACCACUUUGUCAUGUCACAGCCCAACACGCCGUUUCAGGAGUACCUGGCCAACUCGCCCGACGGCAAGAGCGUGCUGCCCGUCUUUGGUGACCUGUUCCUUGACGAACCCAUUCCCACCAAGGGCUUCCUGACGACGGCGGACCUCGACAAGCCUGGCUUUGGACUCACGAUCAACCCGGCAGUGAGGUCAAAGCUCAUCUCGGGCAGGUCACUGCUCAAUGUCAACCCCGAGAGACCGCUUAAGGCAGCGGAGGGGACGGAGACGAGUGAAGCGAAAGGCAUUGUGCAUGACGUGACGACAAAGGUGCAGGAUCUCACGACUUCUUCGAAAUAG